AUGAUUGUUGCCGUCUCCUCGACAAGUACGACUACGGCGACGACAUUCGCUGCGGUCACUACUACCUCUUUAACUUCAUCGACUUCCGGCGUAUCCAGUCACAGAACUUGGGCCGCCGCGAGCAUUUGGAUCGACAAGUCUGCAUAUCAGGAUUUCUUCAAGCUGCCCGCGCCAAGUGCAACAACUGAGUCGACAUCGAUUGUGCGCCGCACUGCUUUCUCUUCCACCAAGCUGAUGGAAUACAACAUGGACCGCGGACUACUUCAAGUGCCAAGUUCAUCACUUCAGCUGCUGCUG